UAAAUGGAAUUUAAAAAUUCUAAAAUGAUUUUCAUCAUUUAAAGUGCGGAUAUGUUUUAACAUUUAUAUAAUUGAUAUAGUUAAGUGUUUGACAGUUAAACUUUGAUAAUGUUGAAAGGUCAACGGAAUAUGAACAAACGGUUAAAUGUUAUUACAUGAAAUUGAUGUAAUUGAAAAAUCAUAUUUCUACAUUUCCCUAGAGUGCCUCGUUAACUGAUAAAUUUCACAAUAGAGUGGUAGAGUCAUUGAUGAUUUAAUGAAGUGGUAAUAUCCUGUGGGAGGCCCCACAUUUAUUACACACACAUUCACAGCAGCCUAUUUUACGUGUGUUGUUCUACAGUAGUUUGUCAGACUUUGUAAAGUGAUACUACACACUAAACAUACUGGAUGCUGAUUGCUCCUCAGACAUUCUGAACUCCUUGGCUCUUUUGGUUUAUUUUGAGGGAAGUAUCUAGAGGCACUAUUCAGUAGAGAAUGAGAGUUGAUGGGAUAUACAGCAACAAAGAAUGGGGGAAAAUGCCGGCCACACACUAUAAUCCUUCUGGCACCGGUUACAAUAGUUACAAAUAUGACACUGGACAAACCUCUUACCAAAGCUCAUAUCGUAGUCGAUUUCUUCAAGACCAGAAAGAUACAAGUGAACAGGGAACAUGCAUUGCAGACGACGACGAUGGUCACCUGAUAUAUCAAGCGGGAGACUUGCUACAAGCUAGAUAUGAAGUGGCAUCCACCUUAGGAGAAGGAACUUUUGGAAAAGUUGUCGAAGUCAAAGAUGUGCACAGAAAUCAGGAACAUAUUGCCUUGAAGAUCGUCAAAAACAUAGAAAAAUACAGAGAGGCCGCCAAACUAGAAAUCAAUGUCUUAGAAAAAAUACGGGAAAAAGAUCCCGAAGGAAGAUACCUAUGUGUUCAGAUGAUGGAAUGGUUUGACUACCAUGGUCAUAUGUGUAUAGCUUUUGAUAUGUUAGGUCUCAGUGUAUUUGAUUUUCUGAAAGAUAAUCAUUAUAUACCUUAUCCAUUAGAUCAAGUACGACACAUAGCAUAUCAACUGUGUUACGCAGUAAAUUUUUUACAUGAAAACCACCUCACACAUACAGAUCUGAAACCAGAAAAUAUAUUAUUUGUAAACUCUGAUUUUACCGGUGUAUUUAAUCCUAAAAAGAAACGAGAUGAGAGAACAGUAAAAUGUACAGACAUUCGGUUGAUAGAUUUUGGUUCAGCGACAUUCGAUCACGAACACCAUAGUACUAUAGUAUCAACAAGGCAUUACAGAGCUCCUGAAGUUAUAUUAGAACUUGGCUGGGCUCAACCUUGUGAUGUAUGGAGUAUAGGGUGUAUUAUAUUUGAAUUGUAUACUGGUUUUACAUUAUUUCAAACACAUGAUAAUAAAGAACAUUUAGCAAUGAUGGAGAGAAUAUUAGGAACGUUACCGUACAGAAUGAUAAAGAAGACAAAAGUACCAGACUUGUUCUGGCAUGGGCGACUUGAUUGGGACCCGACAACCAAUGCAGGCCGUUAUGUCAGAGAAAAUUGUAGGCCUCUUUAUAGUUAUAUAAGAGACAAGGGCAGCGAACAUCGACAGGUACUUGAAAUUAUUGAAAUGAUGCUAGAAUUCAUGCCAACAGACAGAAUGAAACUCAAAGAUGCCAUGAAACAUCCAUUCUUUCGUCCAGUUAAAAAACAACACCCUAACAGAUACCCUGAAUACACUCCAACACCUGACAGGGAAGCCAAACCACCCACCAAAUCAAGGAGAUCAUCACGUAUUGUGGAGGAAGUUAAGGAAGAGGAGGCACGAGCAAAAGCUGAAGAAAAAAAGGUCGAUGCAGCAUGUGCCAUGCAAUGUGAUGAUGAUAAUCUGGCCCCUCAGUUGUCUAUCGAUGAAAAAGAUGUCGAUGAUGUUCGAUAUGAGCAUAUUUUGAAAGAUGAGGAAGCUCGGACAAAAAUUGAUAGUGAGCGUAGCCCGAUUCAGCAUGGCAUCAAUCUCCCAGCUCUCGAAGAGGAAAAAUCACGUUCUGAGCCAAAGAUUUUGAACAAUUUAAAACCACCAAAAAAGUUUGACGAUGAAGAAAAAGAGAAACCAAAAUCAGAAGAAACAUGUAAAACAAGGUCAAGAGACAUUUUUGAUACCGAGAUGAAUUUGUUAAAUAUGAAAUUACGACAUAUCAAAGAAGAAUUUCAGAUGGAAUCAAAAUCAGAUCCAAAAAGUGUGGAAGCUGCCUCUGCCAGUAAAAAUGUGGGGAAAAAAGAAGAAGAAAAUAAACCAAUUGUGGAAAAACCAAAACAUCAAAAGUUGAGUGAUGCAUCAAUGGUAGAGGCAAAUCUUACUCCAACACAGAUGGUCAGGCAAUGGCUACAGACUCCGACAGUAGGGGGAAAAUCAGACAAAAGUCCUCAAGGUUCUAUCAGUCCCGCUGUAGCAAGGAAGGACUUGGCCCACGUGAGAAGUUCUUGUAGUCCAUCAAGUUCUAAAGACGAUGAACAAGGGAAUGCUGACGACACAUCAUCAAGGAGGAGAAAUAGACGACAUCGGCAGGAAGCGGAAGCUGAAUCUUUCGACAAUGAGGAGGCGACGGAUCUUGAUGCCAGACUUGAAGCACGACGAGCUGCUCGACUAAAGAAGAAUACAGAUAGUCAAGAUGUCUCUCAAACGUCUCAAACUUCUAGCUUAGAUGAUACUGAGGCAAGCGAGACUAGAGAGCAGAGAGCAGCAGCAAGACGACUCCGUAGAAAUAAAAAGGUAGUAGAGCAAGAACCACCUACAGAACCUAAAAAAAAUGAGAUCAGUAUGAGAAGUAUAUUUGACUUUUUCAAAAAAACAACCCCUGAACCCAUCAAAUUAUAUCCUGAUUUAUUUGUGGAUCACUGUCCCAAAGAAAAGAGUGCUUCAGUUAAAACUGACAAAUUGGAAAACUCAGAAUCGACAAAUCCGUUGUCCAUAGAAUGUAAAACAAAUUGUGAUAAUACAGCUGAAGAAUUCGAAGCCAGAACAGAUGAUGCCACAGAGACGCUGGAUACCACCCUUGUGGAAGAAAACGCACCUGUGGCAGCUAAUGUGGAGGAAAAUGGACCCGUGGUUGUGGAGGCUACUAUUGAAGAAAAUGGACCCGUAGAAGUCACUUCAUUGAUAUCUGUGGAUGUGGAGGCGACUGUUGAAGAAAACGGAACUACAGAAGACACUUCAUUGAUAUCUGUGACUGUGGAGGCUGAUGUUGAGGAAAAUGGACCUACAGGGGACACAACUUUGAUAUCAGUGGAUGAGGUGGACAAUAAUGUGACAUUGACAGAAGAAAACAAUUCCAGGGUCGAACCGCAAAAUGAUAUCACAGUUGUCGAGGGAAACGAAUCUAAGGAUAAUAUUGAAAACAGUGAUAAUGUUUCUGCUAGCGCUUUCAUGUGUGUGCCAACACAAAUUAUAAAAUUUCCUGGAUCUCUACAAACUGAAGAAUCUGUGGAUAGCUAAUGGUUUUCAUUCGUUACAUUCGACAGCCUGAGAAUCCAGAACAUCAAGAAUUUUUCGAUUUCAUCAGCUCCAUGUUAAUGUAUGACCCUACGGAGCGUAUCUCAUUACCCGAGGCUUUCAGACAACCUUUCUUCUCCCCCUACUUCAGAACAGACCAAGCCACAGACAAUGACAAUGGUGAACGAGACAGGUCACAUAGUACCAGUAGAUGACUAUAGGGAAC